AUGGCUUCCUUGUCUAUGGAGUCGACAGAACAAUCCGACAAUAGCGCCGAGGAGCCCACCGCCGCGGAGGACGAGAAAGAUGCGGAGCAAGUCGCCGAACGCCUGCUUCAAACUUUCCAGCUCUCCGCCGUGAGUUUUUCCACGGAGCAAGUCUCGUGUCUGUGCGAGGCCCUCCUGCAGGCGGGCAAUGUGGAUCGCUUGUGGAGAUUCCUCUCCACCAUCCAUCCUUCGUCCGAGCUGCUACGUGGCAACGAGACCCUGCUCAAGGCCCAGGCUUUGGUGGCGUUCCACAGGGAACAUUUCAAGGAACUCUACGCUUUGCUGGAGAGCCACGACUUCCAGCCGUCCAACCACGUAUUCCUGCAGGACCUCUACCUGAGAGCCCGCUACAAGGAGGCGGAGAGGUCGCGCGGCCGCAGCCUGGGCGCCGUAGACAAGUACCGGCUCAGGAAGAAGUUCCCGCUACCCAAAACCAUCUGGGACGGCGAGGAGACUGUGUACUGCUUCAAGGAGAAGUCGCGCAACGCUCUGAAGGAGUGCUACAAGAGCAACAGGUACCCCACGCCGGACGAGAAGAAGAACCUGGCCAAAGUCACCGGACUGUCCCUCACGCAGGUCAGCAACUGGUUCAAGAACCGACGGCAGAGGGACAGAACCCCGCCUGGGACGCACUGCAAAAGUGAGUCUGAUGGAAAUCACAGCAGUGAGGAUGAGGCGAGUACCAUGGACGAAACCCCAGACAAAGCAGACGAGCCCGCCACCUCCAAGGCCUCUGUCAUCUCGCUCUCAGCGGUCACCUGUGCCGCGGCAGGUCAGCUCAUUGUCAAUGGCUCCGCCGGCUUCCUGACGGCUUCUCAACCGUUAAUGUUCAACGGUAAUUCCCUCAUCCCCGGUACCGGCGCCGGUGUCAUCAUCAACGGGCUGAGCAUGGGGGAUGGCCAGAAAGUCACCCUGAGCCAGGUGGCCAGCUCCCCUUUGAUACUGAACGGGGCUCAGGUUCUAGCCAAACCACAGGUUCCGCAGCAAGCAGUUUCCUUGGCAGAUCAGCAGAUUUUGCCAAUAGUCACAAAGCCAAACGGUCUUCCGGCCAUUGUCCUGAGCACAAACAACUCGACGGUCUCCAACCCAACGUCGGUCAUCACUCUUCCCGUGCAAUCGAAGAGCCAAAGUAACAGCGCAAUGGAUUUCAUCGCCGUGCCAGAAGACGUAAAACAAGAAAGCAGGCAGCCAGAUUGUUCCUCUUUGUCUUUGUCUCCCUCGCCGCCAAGCAGCCUUCCUUCGCUAGUUCUUACGCAACCCCCCUCGUGCCAGGAGGCCCUCCCUUCAACUGCCUUGACUAUCUCAAGCUCUGCCUUGUCCCUCCCGAGUCAGCAAGGAGAAUGCGUCGUUCUUGCCUCUUCGGUCCCUCAGAUAAACCCUUCUAGCUCGCUGGUCAACUCCAGUAACUCCACGCCUCAGGUCUUCUCCUUCCCCCAGGUGGUGCCUUCUAUCCAGGGCAUACCAGUAUCCCAGUUGGUUCAACAACCCUCCGUGGCACAGGUGUCCCAAGGUCCUCAGCUAGUCCCCGUUUCCCCUCUCACAUCACCUACAAUCAACUUCCAAGGCCUUCCGACAAUGAGCAGGCAGCGGGAUGCUUCUACACCACUGGCUGAUGGUUCCACAACAAUCGUGUCCAUCUCACAGGUACCCAGUACUCCUCUCCCGCAACAAGUGACACGCCAACUCGGGGCCCAGGCCGUCAACUCCUCACCCGUGAAACUCCAGACGCCACAGGUCAUUUCUAUCUCCUCCCCAACACAAGUGGUUCCAGUACCUCAAGUGAAAUCCACCGUACCGGCAAAGUUAGUCCCUCUAUCCGUGCCCCAGCUGGUGCCGGCCUCGUCCAUCCAGACAUCGUCCGCCAUCUCAUUCCCGCAGGUGGUUCCUGCCAGUCCCUCUCUGUCCGUGACCUCAGCUGGAGUGCCUCUGCAACUCCUGGCUUCAGCGCCAGGAGGGAUCAAUCAAAGUCCUCUCAGGAUAAACCAACUAAGACCCAUUCAGAGUCUGGGCCCAACAACCAAUGUGAUCCCCGGUAUGCAUCUGAUGAAUUCUGGGAUCAUUCAGAUACCUUCUGCAGCUCAAGGUAACCUUCUUCUUGGUGGAAGCCCCUACUUGAGUGUCCAGCAAGGGAAGCUGAUUCUGACCAUUCCGGCGGGCUUUCAACUUACCAGUUUGCCUCUGAAACCAGUUCCUGACCCGUCCCCCCUUCCCGCAAAUGGUGUGAAUCUGAGUCCCAUACCUUCAAAUGUCCCGUUAACCUCCCAGCUUUCGACAACCCCAGAUCAGCCCACCAACAUCCUCGCAACCCCUCCACUGAACUUCCUCAAUCCACCUGCUCCGUACUACUCCGCAGAAACUGGAAGUGCAACCACCCAGACGUCUGCCAUUUCCUCCUCGACCACGCCAGAUCCGUCAGUCGCUCUUACCACGCCCAACGCUCUCUCCCCGGAGAGCAUGCUCACCCUCAGUCCCAUGUAUGGAGGGGGUCUGACGCCCAACAUGCAGUUGUCCCAUCCGACCUGGAGCCCCCUACCUCUUUCCACCUCGGCCGGUUUAACUCUGUUUGAUGGACGAGGGAAGGGGGACCUACCUGUAGAUCCAGGUCUCUUGGGCCUACCGGGUGGGGAGGCGCUACUUCUGGGGAGCACGUCUCCGGAACAGGACACCAGAUCCUCACUAGGGCAUCCCGAAGAAAUCGACGGGGACACCAAGAUUCUGACUCAGCUUCAGUCGGUUCCCGUGGAUGAUGAUCUGGGUUUGUAGACUUGUUUACCUAACACAUCUGAAAAAAAAAAGUGCCACACCGUCCCAAAAACCCCUAUGAUAUAGUGCCUGUUAGUUUAUCUGUUUGUGUUGUUCACGAUUGUACAACCAUCGCAGCCUCAGCUGACACUGAAACGAUGCAUUUUCUGCAGCUUUAAUGGACAACACGGGACAUCCAUUCAUCCGUUUUAUACCGGUUAAUCCUUCGAGCCUUGUGAAAGCUGGACUCUUUCCCAGGUGACUUUGGGUGAAAGGCAAGCUACACCCCGGAUUUAUCGCCGGUCAUGGACCGGGCUCUUAAAAUCAAGCAUUCACACUUCCAGUCUGAGUGAGUUUGAAGCCAUUGUACACCAGCCACAGCAAAGUCCAAAGAGCAGUGCUUUUUAAAGUGUGAGCAUAUACAUUGAAAAUCAUUGCUAUAUGUUGGCAAAAUUCCAAGUCGAGAGAAUUUUCUUCCGACAUAUCAAAGUUAUUCUCACACCAAAAUAGCUGCACGCUUCUUGCAACUUGUAUCAUUUUAGCAAGACAAUUACUGCAGGUUGUGAAAUUUCAGGGAAGCGAUUUCUGAAACACUUUGGCUUCGUAUAACAAUGUAAUGACUGCACCUUGCUUCAUUUUGUGAUACUGUCUCAUUUUAGCAAGACAAUUAAAAUUGCAAGACAUGUAAAAUUGUUAGUUUUCAUAAAACUGUCUCCGUUCAACAACACAAUAAAAGUUAUUUCAAUCAUGCAUGUGAACAGCACAUUGAUACCAAAGGUUUCGUAAAACCGCCCAACCUCGUAUGAACUCUUGGUAAGCAGCGAAUUUUCUGGGUCCUAUUUCCUACUCCCAUUUUAAGGUUAGUAAAUUUAACAGGCUUCCAAAUACUGUAUUUAUCAUUUAUAUUUCUCCAUCUGCUGCGCCUCCUCUGAACUCCUUCGGCAUCUCGCACUUUGAAAAGCUCUGUUCAAGGAAACUGCAUCCAGAUUGAAUUAUUAGCCGACGGCAUGCAAGGAAUGAUCAUGACCUCGCGGCUGAUGCGUAUCUUCUCCGCUCCACUUGCACUGUGGAUGUUUGUGGCUUUUUGUUAGCAGUGUGGUCAUAGUUAGUUUUGGAGGCAACACAGUAUAAACUAUUCACCAGACCAUCUGGGAAAGGCACAGGUCUUGAAAUAGUUGGGUGUUGGCUGACAUGUCCAAAAAUGCAAUUUUUUCUCAUUAUUAUUUUUUGUAAUAUAUGAUGUACUACCAAGGAGUCCAGAUUUUUACGUGAAACACUAUAUGUAUGUUUUUAAAGCUUCCAGGGACUUCCAGUUAUGUUAUGAGCUGCAUUUACCAGUUAUGUAACACAGCUGCCCUCCAUUUUUACCAAUAUUGACUAUGCAAUUUUUACUUAUAGGACACUAACGUGUCUCAAGUUGGUUAAAAACUUGGGAGCGCAAUGAAAGCUUUGUAAACUUGACAUCAUGAUGCUGCAUGACACAAAAAGACAAUGAUAAGUGCCUUAUAUUAAAGCUUACACUUUCGAAUAAAAUGUUUUGAGAUGUCUACAACCGAACGGGACUAGUUAGGAUACACUCAUGUGUGGGUUUUCGUUUCUGGUUUUAAAAAAAUGUAUCAAUUUGUUUUCUUUGUAUAUUUUGCACAUUUCAUUCAUACAAUGUUUACGCCGUGUUGCUAUGACAGCGCUUGGAUAUGUGAUCACUUUGGGGUGUAUAAGUGCGGAAAAACUUGUACAAUUUUAGCCUGAAGUGGUCAUGUGAACCUCCCACUGUCAGUGGUGAAACCUUUUGGCAAUUUACGGUACACACAAGAAAACAAUUAAGGGUUGUGUUACAAUUAUGACUUUUGUUGUUAUGGUAACAGAGUGGAUGUAAAAGGUCUAGACACCCCUUUUUGUCUUGGUCUGACUAUGAUUUUCUUGUAAAAUGGGAUUUGAGCAGAGGUGCGUAGACUUUUUAUAAAAGGCUGUUUUGUUCGUGCAUUUAAUCUAAAACUCAUGUGUCCAUUGGUGUUUUGCGUUUUAUUUUUGGUCGGAUGUUCAAAGCGGUCACCUGUUGGAUCAACUGUUAAGACAAAAUGGUAGCAUCCCGUGGACAAAUCAUUUGUUAAAGGAGCAUUUAAAGAACAGAACAAUAAAGGGAAAUAGGAAUUUUUAUGUCAAAUAUGUUUUGUUUGGUGUACAAGCCAUUUCUCAGCAAAAUCAAAUCGACACGACAGCCUGUGUGGGCUAAUGCACAUUUGUUGUCUGACACACACACACACACAAAGAAAAUGAACUCCAGCAUUCACCAAAGAUGUUUUGACAAUUUGAUCGUGUUUGAAAAGGGAUCACUUGUGUCUUGUUCUCUCCUUUUUUGUAUCAAAUGCAUUCUAUUUUUUAUAUUACACGAUGAUGUAAUAAAGUUCAUUUAUAUGAC